UGCUCCUAACCCUACAUUUUUAAUGUUGCUGAUGUUUGUUGAUGUUCAUUAAAUUUGAGUAACCAGUUUAUUAUAAAUAACAAUUUGCAGUUAUCGGUGUUAUCAAUUAAAUAAAGCGGUGUUUUAAAUACCUAUCGUGUUACAGGUUUUAGUUAAGUUGUAAUUAAGUGCGUUCUAAGUACAAGUGCAAAAACAAACGUUUAUGGAACGUUUAUGAAAUAUUACUUAAUUUUAACGUUUUAAUUAUUUUAUCGCCAUGGCUGAUGCUGCGGCAAGACAACUUCAAUAUGAAUACAAAGCGAAUUCGAACUUAGUUUUACAAGCUGAUGUUCGUCUUAUUGAGAGGCGAAGUCGUGAUGAAGCCACGGGAGAAGUUAUGUCCCUUGUUGGAAAACUGUUAGGCACAAAAAUGGGUGACCGAGCUCAGAAAACAAAACCUGUUAAAGCAGAAGAACGUAAGGCAAAACGACAGAAACGUGAUGAGGCACAGUAUGAUUUUACAAGAAUGAAAGGUGCAACACUGCUGUCUGAAGGAAUUGAUGAAAUGGUUGGAAUUAUUUAUAAACCAAAAACUCAAGAAACAAGGCAAACAUAUGAGGUUUUAUUAAGUUUUCUACAAGAAGCUCUAGGUGAUCAACCAAGAGAUAUUUUAUGUGGUGCAGCUGAUGAGAUCCUUUCUGUUUUAAAAAAUGAUCGGCUAAAGGACAAAGAAAAGAAAAAAGAAACAGAAGCUUUGUUAGGAAGUAUCACUGAAGAGAGAUUUGCCCUUUUGGUUAAUCUUUGCAAAAAGAUUACAGACUUUGGUUCAGAUGAAACAAAAACUAUAGUUGCUGGUGAAGAAAACAUUGAUGAAACUUAUGGAAUUAAUGUUCAAUUUGAAGAAUCUGAAGAAGAAGAUGAUGAAGACAUGUAUGGUGAAGUGAGGGAAGAAUUGGAUGAUGAUGAAGGUGAAGAAGCUCGUGAAGACAUUGCUAUUCAUGCAGAAAAUUUGGGAGGUGUAGAGGAAUCGAAAAAAGAAAAAUCGCUGCACCCACUUGAUAUUGAUGCUUAUUGGCUUCAAAGGCAACUUUCUAAAAUCUACGAUGAUGCUAUGGUAUCUCAAGCUAAAGCUGCGGAAGUUCUAAAUGUAUUGAGGGAUGCAAGUGAUGACAGAGAAUGUGAAAAUCAAUUAGUAUUGCUUUUGGGUUAUGAUUGUUUUGAUUUCAUCAAGGUUUUAAAGAAAAAUAGGCAAAUGAUUUAUUAUUGUACGGUAUUGGCCAAAUCGCAAAGCGAAUCUGAAAGACAAAAAUUGAAGGAUCGUAUGUCAGAUGAUCCAGCACUGGCGCGUAUUUUAAGACUUUUGGACACCGGAAAAGGCGACGAUGAGGAUGAUGACGAAUCGUCAAUGCGAUCGUCCAGAAAAAAAGAUCAUAAUGACGAAAAUGAGGCUGGAAGUGGCGCUACUUUGCCAGGAUCUCGACAAAUAAUUGAUUUCGAAGAUCUCGUUUUUUCUCAAGGAUCUCACUUCAUGGCAAACAAAAGAUGUCAGUUGCCUGAUGGCUCCUUUAGAAAGCAGCGAAAAGGCUACGAAGAGGUCCACGUUCCAGCAUUAAAACCGAAACCGUUUUCAGAAAACGAAAAAUUAAUAGCAAUCGAUCAAUUACCGAAAUACGUACAACCGGUUUUUGAUGGUUUCAAAACGUUAAAUAGAAUACAAAGUCGACUAUGUAAAUGCGCAUUAGACUCGGACGAAAAUUUGCUUCUUUGCGCCCCAACAGGUGCCGGUAAAACAAACGUUGCCCUUCUCUGUAUGAUGCGCGAAAUUGGUAAACAUAUUAACGCCGAUGGUACGAUAAAUGCCGACGAUUUCAAGAUAAUUUACGUCGCUCCUAUGAGAUCACUUGUUCAAGAAAUGGUCGGCAAUUUUGGCAAAAGACUGGCAAGCUACAACAUAACUGUGUCAGAAUUAACAGGAGAUCAUCAGUUGUCGCGCGAACAAAUCGCAGCUACCCAAAUUAUUGUCUGUACUCCAGAAAAAUGGGACAUAAUAACGAGAAAGGGGGGCGAAAAAACGUUCACAAGUCUCGUACGCCUCAUUAUUAUCGACGAAAUUCAUCUACUACACGACGAACGUGGCCCUGUCUUAGAGGCAUUGAUCGCCAGAACAAUCAGAAUGAUUGAAUCCACCCAGGAAGAUGUUCGUUUGGUGGGAUUAUCGGCUACUUUACCCAAUUAUAAGGACGUUGCGUUGUUGUUAAGAGUGAAGCCUGAUUCGGGGCUGUUUUAUUUCGACAACAGUUUCAGACCAGUUGCUUUGGAACAACAGUACAUUGGUGUGACAGAGAAAAAAGCGUUGAAACGUUUUCAGAUAAUGAACGAGAUUGUGUACGAAAAAACUAUGGAACACGCUGGUAGAAACCAGGUCCUUGUUUUUGUUCAUUCUCGCAAAGAAACUGGGAAGACCGCCCGUGCAAUUCGAGACAUGUGCUUAGAAAAAGACACGUUAGGACAAUUUUUAAGAGAAGGAUCCGCCUCUAUGGAGGUUCUUCGUACUGAAGCAGAACAAGUAAAGAAUCUGGAACUUAAAGAUCUUUUACCGUAUGGUUUUGCAAUUCAUCACGCUGGCAUGACCCGUGUUGAUAGGACACUAGUCGAGGAUUUGUUCGCUGAUCGCCAUAUUCAAGUAUUAGUUUCUACGGCAACACUGGCUUGGGGGGUUAACUUACCUGCACAUACUGUAAUUAUAAAGGGAACACAAAUCUAUAAUCCGGAGAAAGGUCGAUGGACUGAACUUGGCGCUUUAGAUGUCCUACAAAUGUUGGGCAGAGCUGGUAGACCUCAAUACGACACCAAAGGGGAGGGAAUACUUAUAACAAACCACAGUGAGCUUCAGUACUACCUUUCAUUGUUGAAUCAACAGUUACCUAUUGAAUCCCAAAUGGUAACCAAACUUCCGGACAUGCUGAAUGCGGAAAUAGUAUUGGGGACUGUUCAAAACGUAAGGGAUGCCGUCACUUGGCUUGGAUACACGUACCUAUACAUUAGAAUGUUACGUCAACCUAAUCUUUAUGGAAUUUCGCACGAUCAUAUGAAACAAGAUCCUCUCCUUGAGCAGCACAGAGCUGAUUUAAUUCAUACAGCCGCAUUACACUUAGACAGAAGUGGAUUGGUUAAGUAUGAUCGUAAAAGUGGAAAUUUCCAAGUAACCGAGUUGGGACGUAUCGCUUCCCAUUACUACUGCACUCACGAAACAAUGUCUACAUACAAUCAACUUUUGAAACCGAUGCUUAGCGAAAUCGAACUUUUUCGAGUGUUUUCUUUGUCAGGUGAAUUCAAGAACAUCGCAGUUCGUGAAGAGGAGAAACUGGAACUUCAAAAGUUGAUGGAACGCGUUCCAAUUCCUAUUAAAGAGAGUAUAGAAGAACCCAGUGCGAAAGUGAAUGUUCUGUUACAGGCCUACAUUUCCCAAUUGAAACUGGAAGGUUUUGCUCUCAUGUCUGAUAUGGUUUUUAUCACUCAAUCCGCGUCACGAUUGAUGAGAGCUAUUUUUGAAAUCGUGUUACAUAGGGGAUGGGCUCAGCUUGCUGAUAAAUCGUUGGCCCUUUGCAAAAUGAUAGAUCGCAGAAUGUGGCAGUCGAUGUCUCCAUUGAGGCAAUUUCGGAAAAUGCCCGAGGAGAUCGUUAAGAAAAUCGAAAAGAAAAAUUUCCCGUGGGAAAGACUUUACGAUCUCGGUCCUAACGAGAUUGGGGAACUAAUACGUGUUCCCAAAUUAGGAAAAACUAUUCAUAAGUAUGUACAUCAGUUUCCAAAACUGGAAUUAUCGACCCACAUCCAACCUAUCACCAGAUCGACAUUGAAAGUAGAGUUAACGGUUACACCUGACUUUCAGUGGGACGAAAAACUUCACGGCCAUUCGGAAGCUUUUUGGAUCCUAGUUGAAGAUGUGGACUCUGAAGUGAUUUUGCAUCACGAGUAUUUCUUAUUAAAAGCCAAGUAUGCUACCGAUGAGCAUUAUGUAAAGUUCUUUGUGCCGGUUUUCGAACCUUUACCUCCUCAGUAUUUUCUACGAAUAGUAUCUGAUAGGUGGAUAGGAUCCGAAACACAGCUUCCUGUAUCAUUUCGUCAUUUAAUUUUGCCAGAAAAGAACUUGCCACCUACGGAACUGCUGGAUUUGCAACCCUUACCUAUAACCGCCUUGAGAAACGCAAAGUAUGAAUCCCUAUAUCAGGAGAAAUUUCCUCAGUUUAAUCCCAUUCAAACUCAAGUUUUCAAUGCAGUAUACAACAGCGACGAUAACGUGUUUAUAGGUGCCCCCACUGGUUCGGGGAAAACGACUAUAGCUGAAUUCUCUAUUCUUCGUCUCUUCCAACAAAAUCCAGAUGGACGUUGUGUAUACAUGGUCCCGAAAGACGCUUUGGCUGAACUUAUUUUCGCUGAUUGGCACAACAAAUUUGGCCAGUUGUUGGCAAAGAAAGUCGUUUUAUUAACAGGGGAAACUGGUACUGAUUUGAAAUUGCUCGCCAAAGGUCAAAUCAUAAUAACAACAGCCGAAAAAUGGGAUAUUCUUUCACGACGCUGGAAACAGCGUAAAAACGUUCAGAAUAUUCAUUUAUUCAUAGCAGAUGAACUACAUUUGAUAGGGGGUGAAGAUGGUCCUGUAAUUGAAGUUGUUUGUUCUCGAAUGCGUUACAUUUCAUCUCAGAUUGAAAAACAAAUAAGAAUAGUAGCAUUGUCAGCUUCUUUAGCAGACUACAAGGAUGUAUCACAAUGGUUGGGAUGCAAUGCAAAUUGCACGUUUAAUUUUCAUCCCAGCGUGAGACCAGUACCUUUGGAAUUACACGUUCAAGGUUUCAACGUAACCCACAAUGCAUCUCGUUUGAUUGCCAUGUCGAAACCAGUGUAUAACGCCAUAUUAAGACAUAGCCCUCAUAAACCAGUCAUUGUGUUUGUACCAACAAGAAAACAGGCACGACUGAUGGCCAUUGACAUAUUGACGUAUUGCGCAGCCGAAGGACAACCCAAUAGAUUUUUCCAUGCUGAAGAAGAGGACAUUAAGCCUUUCUUGGACAGAAUGAGCGAUAAGACUCUCAAAGAGACCCUAUCUCAAGGUGUAGCCUACAUGCACGAAGGUCUUUCUGCCAGUGAUCACCGUUUGGUAGAACAGCUCUUUGAUUCGGGUGCUGUACAGAUAGCUGUGAUUACUCGAGAUCUCUGUUGGGCUGUUAAUAUUUUCGCUCAUCUCGUUAUCGCAAUGGAUACGCAGUUUUAUAAUGGCAAAGUUCACGCCUAUGAAGAUUAUCCAAUCACUGACGUAAUACAAAUGGUCGGAAGAGCGAACAGGCCUUUAGAAGACGAUGAUGCCAAGUGUGUUUUGAUGUGUCAGAGUUCUAAGAAAGAUUUCUUUAAGAAGUUUCUUAACGAUUCAUUGCCAGUUGAGAGCCACUUGGACCAUCGACUUCAUGACCAUUUUAACGCGGAAAUUGUAACGAAAACUAUAGAAAAUAAACAGGACGCCGUAGACUAUUUGACCUGGACGUUUUUGUACAGACGACUUACGCAGAAUCCAAACUACUAUAAUUUACAGGGAGUCACGCACAGACAUUUAUCAGAUCAUCUGUCUGAACUUGUCGAGAACACGUUGUCAGACUUGGAACAAUCCAAGUGUAUAAGUAUUGAGGAUGAAAUGGACUGUAUGCCACUUAAUUUAGGAAUGAUUGCAGCAUACUACUACAUUAAUUAUACUACAAUAGAAUUGUUCAGCUUAUCACUAAACAACCGUACAAAGAUUCGUGGUUUGCUCGAAAUUAUCUCGUCCGCUGCUGAAUACGAAGAUUUGCCAGUUCGUCAUCGUGAAGACAAUUUGCUCCGCAGUUUGGCUCAAAGGUUACCGAACAAGCUUACAAGUGCGACCGGGGGACCACCUAAAUACAACGAUCCUCACGUGAAGACAAACCUUCUCCUUCAAGCUCAUCUGUGUCGCAUUCAGUUAGGGGCAGAAUUGCAAGGAGACACCGAGGUGGUGCUUGGCAAGGCAAUUCGUCUGAUUCAGGCAUGCGUGGAUGUGUUGAGCUCAAACGGAUGGCUAUCGCCUGCUGUGGCUGCCAUGGAACUGGCUCAGAUGGUCACACAAGGGAUGUGGAGCAAAGAUUCAUACCUUAAACAACUACCUCACUUUACUCCAGAUAUUAUUAAAAGGUGUACUGAUAAGGGCAUAGAAACUGUCUUUGACAUAAUGGAAUUGGAGGAUGAAGAUCGUACAAAGCUAUUACAACUGACGGACUCUCAAAUGGCUGAUGUUGCCCGAUUCUGUAAUCGAUAUCCAAACAUCGAGCUUACUUACGAAAUAAUGGACAAAGAUCGUAUACAUUCAGGAUCAUCGGUUCACGUAGCUGUCCAAUUGGAAAGAGAAGACGAGGUCAAUGGACCGGUCAUUGCUCCGUUCUUUCCCCAGAAACGAGAGGAAGGUUGGUGGGUGGUUAUAGGAGAACCAAAAUCGAAUUCUUUGCUGUCUAUUAAAAGAUUAACAUUACAACAAAAGGCUAGGAUUAAGCUAGAUUUUGUAGCUCCUAGUCCUGGUCAUCACACUUAUACUUUGUACUUUAUGAGUGACGCCUAUUUGGGAUGCGAUCAAGAGUAUAAGUUUUCAAUAGACGUUGGUGAUUUUGAAUCGAGUGAAAGUGAAUCAGACUAAGUACCUAUGUUCUUUCUACUAUUGUAUUCUAGUUUAAUUUUUAUUUUAUGUUUAUGCUUGUAAGUUCAGUACUGUAAUUAAACAAAUUAUAUAAAUAAAACUUAAGG